GAAAAAAAAAGUAAAUAAACGCAUCCUAGAAUCGAAUUAUACGCUACAAUUAUUACAAAUUACUGUUUUUGUGUUAUAAAUUUUAAUUGAUUUUUAUCGCUUGGAGUUCCCCCUUAUUUUCUCUAACUCGUUAUAUUCGUGAAUUCGACCUUAACCUUUUUUAAUUUAGGUUUAAUCUUUCAUCAAAAACAACUUUAAUUAAUAAUUAACUUUAAUUUUUGAGAAGAAAACUGUUUUGUUAAAAUUUUAAAUUCUUUAGGUUGGCAAUAAAAAAAAUCAAUCAAUCGUAACCAUGGCAACCAUUGAAACUGUCAACACAAAACGUCAUUUUAACCUUUAAACGUCUAUUUUUACCAAUUUUUUUUAAAUAAUGCCGUUAAACGAUUUAUAUUGCCACCAACAAAUUUGUAUACCACCGACUUUUCCGUAUUUACUCCGGCAAUACGCAAAAGCCGCGAUAAGAUCGCAACCAACGGAUUUAUUAAAGUGGUCAACGGCGUAUUUUCGUUGCUUAGCUUUAAACGUACCACCCCCAGUAAAGCCUCGUUUGGAAUAUCCAAUUCCACGAAGUUACUUAGGAAUAACCCCCGGAUGGUUAAAAGCCCUAAACUACCAAUUAAAUAAUUGCAAAGCGGUUAAUUACCGAAUACUGUGGGAUCGAUGGUUCGGAUCGUGUUUAGACCACAACAACCUCCUUCAAAUACUAUGUUUAGGAGGUUUCCAAAACCCGGAUAAAAUCCCAUGGAACAAAUUUAUUGGAAUUUGCGUCGGAUUUUUAAACGAUAAUUUAACCCAAACGAUGAUCAUGUUUUGCGAGAUAAUGACGGAAGAACCCGAGGGGGGCUCAGCCAUGAUCACCGUUGAGAUGUUCCUAGAAGUUUACAAGUUCUUAGCGAUGAUCGACGCAUCACAACCCCAAAUACUCCCAAAUUUAUAUUUCACCGACGUCUAUUUAGGCUUAGAAAUGAAAAAGGAGAAGAAAAAAAAGAAACGACACGAAUCCGAGUCAUCAAUCACCCCCGAAUCAAGCGUAAAAAGCGUCGAAGUAAUAGCCGCGGAAGAAGAAUCGGCUGAAAGUAUUAAAGGCGAAGGUUCCUUAAUUUCUUGCCCCGAUAUUGUGGGUGAUGACAUGCUUAAAGAACGCGAUCCAGAUAAGGAUGAAUUAGACGAAUUAAUGCUUACGCUUGGUCAAAAAGAAUCAUCGGGCGGAGUAACCGAUGAAGUUAUCGAUUACGAAGAAAAAUCCGGGGCUGAAGAUGACAAAAAAGAUGACGAAAAAGAAAAAGACCACGAAGAAGAACAUAAAGAGCAAGAAGAGGGCCAAAUAGGCGAAGGUGAACACCAAGAGGAAGGCGAAGCCCCGCUAGUCGCCGAACAAGAAGAGGGCGAACCCCACGAUCAUGAUUUUGACCAUGAUGAUGACGACCAUGACCACGACCAAGAUCAUCAUAAAGAAAAAUUAGUUCACAAAGAAGAUCUAGACGAUGAACGCCCUUUAAGCCCCGACUCAAAGAAAGAAGGGACAGAAGAAGGAACGGUAAUUACAUUAGAAAGUGGAGUUGGUGAGAUGGAUUACGACAUGUCGGAGUUGGAGAGGGCGCUUAAAUUAGAAUACGGGGAUAAGGUGGAAAAAGAGGAAGUGUUACCGGAAGAAGAAGAAGAAGUAAAAAUAGAAGAAAUAUCCAUACCUGCCGUACCGGGAAUAGGCCCCAAAGUUCCCGAUGAAUUGGUUGAUGCAGUUGAACGUUACAUAAAACGUGUUGCAGCUUGCGAACACGGGAUGACAAUGCCUCGUCACAUAAGACAUUAUUGUUGCCCGCCAUUAGAAGUUUUCGAAUUAGACGAACCCGACGAUGAUAAAGGGGCUUAAUCCACAACACCUUUUAACCUAAAAAGUAAAAAUAAAAGGAUUAGAUUACACGUUAUCACUUAACCUAUAAAUUUAUUUUCAAUAAACACAUACACAAGC